CAAAUAAUUUUAGGAUGUCUGACUCUGUUUUAGGGGAACAUUUGUGUGAGCCCACAUACCACCCGUGCCCAGUGACAGUCACCUAUAAAUAGUACGCAUUUUUUAUGGAGCAAUGCUGGCAAGUUGUGGCAACCAACUGCGGGUGAUGACGUAUACGUUGCGCGACACUUGCAUUUUGCUUGAAGUGUAGACGGUCCCACGUGUCCGGAGAGGAGGAGGUAACGAUAGUACAAGUUUAGGAAUGUCAUUCCGUGGAAGGGGAGGCUUUAAUAGAGGUGGUGGUGGUCGAGGUGGUGGUCGUGGAGGAGGAGGUGGUUUUCGCGGUGGAUUUGGACAAGGUGGAGGAAGAGGUGGUUUUGGAAGAGGAGGGGGUCGUGGAGGCUUUAACAGAGGAGGAUAUGACCAAGGACCUCCUGAGACUGUUGUUGAGGUUGGAGAGUUCAUGCAUCCCUGUGAAGAUGAUGUCGUUUGUAAAUGCACCACAGACGAAAACAAAGUGCCUUAUUUCAAUGCCCCCAUCUAUCUAAACAACAAGGAGCAGAUCGGGAAAGUGGAUGAGAUAUUUGGACAGCUCAGAGGCUUUUAUUUCUCUGUUAAAUUGUCUGAUAACAUGAAAGCAUCUUCAUUUAAAAAGUUACAAAAGUUUUACAUUGAUCCAAUGAAGUUGCUCCCACUACAGAGGUUCCUGCCACGACCUCCUGGUGAAAAAGGUCCCCCCAGAGGUCGUGGAGGUGGAAGAGGAGGAGGGUUUGGGCGUGGCAGAGGAGGAGGAAGAGGAGGAGGUGGUGGUUUCGGUAGGGGUGGAGGUGGCUUCAGAGGAGGACGGGGAGGAGGAGGUGGUGGUGGCUUCAGAGGGAACAGAGGUGGUGGCCGUGGAUUCCGAGGUGGUCGGUAAUGAAGCGAGAAACUUCUGAGCUGUGAAACCCUGGAUACUGUUCCUGCCUGUUUGUUUCGUACAUUUUUUAGGAAUGAAAAUCGGAAAUGUGGCCUUUUGUAAAUGGGACUUGUGUUUUAGUGUCUCUUAAUGGAGCAACCUUCUGUACCAUAUGAUUAAUAAGCCGGACAAAAUUCCGUUUUUUUCUGUUGAAGCAAUAUUUAACAAAACCUUUACACGAGGACCAGAAUCUGCGUUUAUUUUGAAUAUUCAUAUCUGAAGGCCCCAUCUGUAGCCAGUAAACUGAGCUUAUUGUAUGUCACUCAUUGUUUACAUUUUGAUACAGAUGUUUUAGCAGAGCUGGGAGGGUGUGAUUGUGUAGGCAUCUGCUUUUCAAUAUGGAUACAUUUUUCAGGAUCUGUGCAGAGGUGUGCCAUGUGAAGAUGCCAAUAAAAUAUUUUAUAUCUCUC